AGUUGAGACAGGUUUUGCUGGGAGGGGGACAUACCAUGGCAGCAGAGCAGAACGCGGAGUUUGUGCGAACAGGCUAUGGCAAGAACUCAGUGAAGGUGCUGGUCAUCAGGAGAGAGGGAAGCCACCACUCCAUCAUCGAGCUGAAAGCUGAUGUGGAGCUCACACUCAAAACACGCAAGGAUUAUCUGGUUGGAGACAACGCAGACAUCAUCCCCACCGACACCAUCAAGAACACCGUCCAUGCCCUGGCCAAGCUCAAGGGGGUAAAGACCAUCGAGCAGUUCUCCCUGGACAUCUGUAACCAUUUCCUGACCUCUUUCAACCAUGUGCUGCGGGCCAAAGUUUACAUGGAGGAGGCCCCGUGGAGAAGGCUAGAGAAGAAUGGAGUAGAACACUCUCAUGCAUUUAUCCUCAGCCCAGAUGCUUGUCGCUUCUGCGAUGUUGAACAGAAUCUCAAUGGCGUCCCAGUGGUUCACAGCGGGGUGAAGAACAUGACGGUGCUGAAAACCACCCAGUCUGGCUUCGAGGGUUUCCUCCGGGAUCGCUUCACUACUCUUCAAGAGACCAAAGACAGGUGUUUCUGCACCUCUGUCUACACAAGGUGGCGCUACAACAAGGUUCAGGAUGUCAACUUUGACGCUGCAUGGACGUGUGUGAAGGGGACCAUUAUUGAAAAGUUUGCUGGACCCUACGAUAGUGGAGAGUUCUCACCGUCUGUGCAGAAGACCCUUUAUGAGACACAGGUUCUGGUCCUGGACAGAAUUCCUGAGGUGGAGGAAAUAGAGAUCGUCAUGCCCAACCAGCAUUACUUCACCAUCGACAUGACCAAAAUGGGUCUGUCCAACAAAGAUGAAGUACUUCUUCCCCUGGAUAACCCGUCAGGAAACAUCACAGGGACAGUGCGCAGGAAAGAGCGAGCAAAGCUGUGAAGGCGCCAGUGAUCAAGCUGUCAUCCAAAUAUGAAAUUUUCAAUGAUAAAUAAGUCAGCAUUUGAAGGCCCGUUCAAAUACUUGUGUCAAGAUUACAACUGACAGCUCAACAUUUCCCAAACGCGAUAAAAGCUUUUGACCGUGUUAUGUGAAUAUGAGAGUAAAAAGAAAUAAAAGAAAUCCAUGGCCAUUAAA